UAUUGUAUACGUAUACAGUAUUUAUUAUGGAGGACGAUCUGAUGCCGGGCGAUGACAUUCACAUAGAGCCGGUUCAGCAGGGUCCACGACGGAGACAGCGACCGCCUGUGGAUACGUUGCAGGGGCAUCCCUAUCUAGAGUUUCCCGACGGCACUGACGCCGCCCGUCAUUGCCAGAAGCUUAGGAGGAUGCACGUUGGAUCGCAUGCAUCGAUCGACUGGGAUGCGAUGGAGGAGAUUGCUGAGACGCCGAGAGUGCGUCGGUUUAUACCUAUCGAUUCGCCGUGGCAUCGUCUUUUUGAUUUGGCGCACACGCCGACCUACAGGGAGCUGCUGGUCGAGUUCAUUUCGUCAUUCACAUUUCACCCUCCUGGGGAGCCAGUGCCGAUUCCGUACCCAGGUGCUCCCCCUCCGCCUGAGGUUUCUUUCAGGCUUGCUGGCGUUCAGCGUUCGAUGACGCUAGCAGAGUUUGCGGUGCGCUGUGGUUUAUACAUGCAGGAGGAGAUCGAGACUGAGAUCUACACAGCGGGGCUAGUGGUGGUUGAAAAACCCACUCUUGUUGGGUUUUGGCAGGUGAUUGCGGGGGCGGAUCAUUGGGAGCAUGACAAGUCGAAGGGGAGGGUGUCGUUUGUUAGCGACCCACUAUACAGGUAUCUGCACCAUUUGCUCGCCACUUCUAUAUCAGCGCGCGGCUACAGCCGUGAGUGGUGUACGACCACAGAUCUUUUUUUCCUAUAUUGUUUGUUGUAUAGGAGGCUGUGCGCGCUAGCACACGGUCUAGCCCAGUACUUCGCCUCCGGCCAUCACCGGCAGGAGCGCGGAUUUUUGUAUGGCGGGGCGUACGUGACCGUCAUUGCCCGUUCAUUGGGCCUCGUACCACAUCAGGACCCACAUCUACGGACGCCGGCCAUCAUGCCGACGCGGAUGGGUAUGCAGUCGCUAUGGGGGAUGAGGGUUAUCAAGAGGUUCCCGGUUGGCCCGCGGUUUAAAAACCGCGAGGGGGGCGUAUGGAGAGAGGAGGCCCUACCAGAGCAUUUCGAGGACGUUCAUCCUCCUGCAGAUCCUGCUGAUGUAGUGCCCGUGGAGGACCCUCCGGAGGAUCUAGACGGUGCAGCGGUGCCACAGCCACCGCCACCUGCCGGGGCACCUCAGUUUCCACGUCACGUUAUUCGAGGUGGUGCCCCAGGAGCUGCGCUACAUCCGGAUGUACGAGCCAGGCUUGACAGGCUCGACGAUUUGGUAGGUUGGUUGGUACGGGCGGAGCAGGAUAGACGAGAGAGAGAGGGAUUACCCCCGAUACCGCUUCCACCGGUUCGAGCACCACAUCAGCAGCAGCAGCCGCAGCAGCCGCACCAGCCGCAGCAGCAGCAUCAGGAUUCAGAUUCGGAUUUGGAUGCAUAGACCUGUUGUUGUUUUUAUUGUUAUUGUGGAUGUACAAACUUAUCUUCUAUAUUUUUGUUAUGGAUGUAAACAGUUAUCUUAUAUAUGUCAUAUUUAUGUUUGUUUUCAGUUAUUCGGUUACUCAAUGAUUGUUCUCUUAAAUUUAGAUAAUACGGAAACAAUAUAACCCCUGAAUAUAAUACGGAAACAAUAUUUGAAAGAAAUAAAAUUUUAAUCGAAAGAAUAAUAUUUAAAAAAGUAAAAUGUUAAAAACAAUA